AUGCAAAACCACCCCCCUCCACUUCACACACGGUUGACCUGCCGUCGCACAUGGCCCAAUCGUAUAUUUGCACUGAUAUACGCAUGCAACAUCGUAGCCAUUCUUUAUCACCAAACCACCAUCCUCUUCCACACCACCAACACCACCGUCUCUGUACUCAUGUUAGUGGCUGAUAUCGUCUUAGCUUUUAUGUGGUUCACUCACCAAGGCUUUAGAAUGAAUCCGGUUCACCGGAGAACCUUCCCUGAAAACCUCCCAAAGGAUGAGACCAAAUAUCCGGCCAUGGAUGUGUUCAUAUGCACGGCGGAUCCCUACAAAGAACCACCAAUGGUGGUGGUGAAUACGGCUUUGUCAAUCAUGGCUUAUGAUUACCCGACAGAGAAAUUGUCGGUUUAUUUGUCAGACGAUGGAGGCUCAAAACUUACACUGUUUGCUUUCAUGGAAGCUGCUAAGUUUGCAAAACAAUGGUUGCCAUAUUGCAAGAAGAACGGAAUAAUGGAUAGAUGUCCAGAAGCUCAUUUUAGCUCCCACUACCCUCGCUUCCCUGAGACCCAUGAAAUCAAGUCGAUGUAUGAGAGAAUGAAAGUGAAAGUGGAAGAAAGUGUCGUAUGUGGAAAUGUUGAUCUUGAUGAUGAUGAUGAUAAGAAGUAUGGCCAUGUCUUCAACCAUUGGAACACUGAAUUCACACGUGUGGACCACCCGACCGUUGUCCAGGUUUUGUUAAAUGGCACUAUAGACAACGAUGUCCAAGGUAAUGUGAUGCCAAACCUUAUUUAUGUCUCACGGGAGAAACGGAAAGGCACACCUCACAGAUUUAAGGCUGGUGCUCUUAAUGUUUUGCUUCGUGUAUCACAUACCAUGACAAAUGCACCAAUUGUCCUAACUAUGGAUUGUGACAUGUACUCAAAUGACCCAAAAACACCACUAGAAGCAUUGUGUUACUUCUUAGACCCUUCAAAAGAUUCUCAAAACAUAGCAUAUAUCCAAUAUCCUCAACUAUUUCAUGGGAUCAAUAAAGAAGAUUUAUACGGUGCUGAAUUUAAAUUCAUAUUCCAAAUCAAUAUGACCGGGUUAGAUGGUUUAAUAGGCCCUUCUCAUGCUGGCACUGGGUGUUUCUUCAGAAGAGGGGCCUUUUAUGGAAAACCCUCAUCAUGUACAUUUGAACAAAGUCAAAGUCAAAAUCAAAGACAAGCAAUCCAAUCUAAUGAAGUGUUGGCUCGAGCGCAUGAGGUAGCUAGAUGUGAUUUUGAGGCUCAAACUGAAUGGGGCUCCAAGUUAGGCUAUCGAUAUGGAUCAUUGGUGGAGGACUUUUACACAGGAUAUCUUCUUCAAUGUCAAGGAUGGAGGUCCGUCUUUUGUUUACCAAAAAGACCAGCAUUCUUAGGGGACGCACCCAUGAACCUUCAUGACUUGCUCAAUCAAACCCAAAGAUGGUCCAUGGGGGUUUUAGAUAUGGCAUUUUCGGAGUACAACCCAAUUAACUAUGGGUCCAAAAUAUUACCCUUUUUGCAAACCCUAUGUUACCUUCAUUAUACCUUUUGGCCCAUUUGGUGCAUCCCGCUUUUUAUCUAUUCCAUUUUACCGCAAUUAGCCAUCAUCCACUCUUUUCCACUUUUUCCUAAGGUUUCAAAUCCAUGGUGUUUGUUAUAUGUCUUCUCAUUCAUAGGAGCCUAUUGUCAAGAAUUAUUUGAGUUCAUACUAAGAGGUGGAACUCCACGAGGUUGGUUUAAUAACCAAAGGGCGUGGAUCAUUCGAUCUCUUUCAAGCUAUAUUUUUGGAGUAAUCGAGUAUACGCUAACGAAGUUACAUGUAUCUUCUUCUACAUUUAAUGUGACAAACAAAGUGAUUGAUAAAGAAGCCAAUAUAAGAUAUGAGAAAGGAAUGAUGGAAUUUGGAGUGGAAUCACCUUUCUUUUACCCUAUAUCAGUGGUUGCUUUGGUCAACCUUGUAGCGUUAAUAGUUGGGAUUAUGAAAAUGAUCAAGAAUGGAGGAUUUGAGGACUUAUUUGUACAACUCUUUUUGGUGGGUUUUGGAGUUUUAAAUAGUUGGCCUAUUUAUGAAGCCAUGUUCAUUAGGAAUGACCAUGGAAGAAUGCCACUAAAGAUAACAUUAAGAUCAAUUAUCAUUGCUUCAAUGGUGUAUCUCACCUCCCCUUUGGUCUUUUAGAUUAUGGUAGGCUUGUAUUGUAACUUUCGAUCCAUCUCUUUUACUAUCACUAAUAAAAUGUAAAAGAUUGUAUUUUAACAGUUUAAUAGUUUAGAGAUUUCAUGAUA